AUGGCUGUUGAAUUUGUUGCUGGUGCUUUGCUCUCUACUUCACUUGAGUUUCUGUUUGAUCGAUUGGUGUCUGAGGAAAUAUCCCAUCUUUUCCAAGGGAAGAAGGCCAUUCUGAAACUGCUGGACAAGCUCAACACUAAGCUCUUAUCAGCUAAUGCACUCUUCAAUGAUGCUGAGGAAAAGCAACUGAGAGAUGAUAAUGUCAAGAAGUGGCUUGUCAAGCUUCAAGAUGCCAUCUAUCAAGCUAACGACUUGGUGGACAAUAUGGAUUAUGAAGCUCUCAGAUCCAAGAUUAAAUGUGAUCAAUCUAGCAGCCGCGCAACCAAGGUGUUUUACCAACUCAGAUCCAUGUCACCUUUUAUGUUUAACUUUGAAAAAGUUGUGAAGAGUGAAGCUACUGAGAUCCUUGGUACACUAGAUGAUCUUCUUGCUCAAAAGGAUGCUCUUGGCUUGAGAGAAGGUGUUCAAAACAACUCUUCUCAAAGGCCACCUGCUCCUUUAGUCGAAGAAUCUGAUGUUUAUGGAAGGCAUGCUGAGAAAGAAGCCAUUGUUGAUCUGUUGCUAAGAAGUGAUGAUGUUGAUGGUGGUGAUUAUAAGAUUUCUGUCAUCCCUAUUGUUGGGAUGGGUGGUGUUGGCAAAACUACUCUUGCUCAACUUGUUUAUGAUGAUGUUCGUGUUAGAAAACAUUUCGAGCUAAGAGUAUGGGUUACUGUGUCGGAUGAGUUUGAUAUUUCAAAGAUAACAAGAGAGAUCUUUGAGGGGGUUACUUCAACCAAAUGUGAUAUUGAGAACCCAGACGAAAUUCGAAGAAAAUUGAAGGAAGCAUUGCAGGGGAAGAAGUUUAUGUUUGUUCAUGAUGAUGUUUGGAACGAGUCUUAUUCUUUGUGGGACUCUUUGAAGAGUUGUUUCGAUUCUGGAGCAAAUGGAAGUAAAAUUGUUGUAACUACCCGAAGUGAAGUUGUCGCCUCUACUAUGGCCACAGGGAAUAUUCAUCAUCUCCAAACUUUGUCAAAUGAAGAUUGUUGGAAAUUAUUUGUCAAACAUGCUUUUAGAAACAACGAUGACUUGAGUACUAAGUACAAAGAUUUGGAGGUAUUGGGUAGACAAAUAGUAGACAAGUGCAAAGGCCUUCCAUUAGCAAUAAAAUCUCUUGGUGGAUUAUUGCGCUCCGAACGAAAUUCUGAAAAGUGGGAGGACAUACUUAAUAGUGACACAUGGGAGUAGUUGUACAAGAAAGAGGGAUCUAUUCUUCCAGCUUUAUGGUUGAGCUACCGUCACUUACCUACACGUCUUAAACAAUGUUUUGCUUAUUGUUCCAUAUUUCCUAAAGAUUACGAAUUUGGGAGAAAAGAAUUGAUUUUGCUGUGGAUGGCACAAGGUUUUCUGCCUCUUGAUCGAGAAAGCAAAAAGAUGGAGGCACAUGGGGAGGAAUACCUUGAGGAUCUUUCAUCAAGGUCAUUGUUUCAACAUUCAAAUAAAGAAAAAUCAUUGCUCCAAAUGCAUGACUUGGUACAUGAUUUGGCCAUACUCGUAUCAAAUGAUUUUUGCUUUAGGUUGGAUUUGCAUAAUGAUCUACUUAAACUUUCAACAAAGACACGCCACUUGUCAUAUACAAAGAAGGUAACAUAUGACAUCAACAAAGUCAAGGAAUUACAUGAAGUGAAGAGCUUGCGUACCUUUCUAGCACUGCCAUUCAAAUCACACAGGUAUUACUGGAAGAUAAAGUGUGAUAUGUUACUUACAAGUAGAAGUUUUUUAAGAGUUCUUUCUUUAAGAGUGCUUCCAAUGAAGAAGUUGCUUCAUUCAAUUGGCAAUCUAAAGCAUUUGAGGUACCUCGACUUGUCUCACACUGGAAUUCAAGAAUUACCUGAUUCAGUUUGUAAUUUGUACAAUUUACAGACUUUAUUGUUAUUUGGGUGUGAACGGCUUCAUGAAUUGCCAAAGAAGAUGGGAAGGUUAAUCAACUUGCGAUAUCUAGAUAUUGAGGGUGUACCCCUGAAAGAGCUUCCCCAAGAACUCAAUACUAUAAAACACUUGUAUUUCUUAUCUGAUGUGAUUUUGAGUAGUGAUAGAAAUAGCACUGGAGGAUUGAAAAUGAAAAAGGUAGGAGAACUUGAGAAUUUACAUAGCAUAUCCGGGUUGGAAAAUAUCAAGGAUGCAGGAGAAGCUUCGGAGGCUAAUUUGAAGGAUAAGAAGUCUCUUUCGAAGCUGACUUUGAGGUGGAAACAUAAACGUAAUGGUGGUGUGGCUGCUAAUUCACAAAAAGAAAACGAUAUACUUGAUGCACUUCGACCACAUACAAACUUGCAGCAUCUUAGUAUUGAAUACUAUAGAGCUACCAUUUCUGAAAGAUCUCUUAAUUAGAGGAUGUAAUGGUGUCAUCUCAAUAGGUGAUGAGAUUCCUCAUGAUGACAAGGGUCUUCUUCUAUUCAGAUGUCUAGAAGUAUUAUUUAUUUCAGAUAUGUUGGAGUGGAAAGAUUGGUCAUU